AUGCAAGGACCUCUGAAAUCAAAAACGGAUAUGCCGAGAAAUGUGGCAACAUUUUCGAUGAGGCGUAACGGCCUUGUUUCCAGUGUUGCUCACUUGAAUAGUAGCUCUGGCACUACUACAAGUGUUCUCGUCCUGCCUGUAGUUUGUAUGGACCCCCUCUCCCUGCUCACUCGCACAUAUGUAAAUGGUGUUCCUUCGUGCAAUAUUUACAAGGUUAUUUUUGCUAUUGCAAAUUCGUCAAUGUGGAAAUUACAGGCCUGGGCACAGUGUUCACAUUAUGCUAGAAGGAGAAAAAGGGCUCUUUCUUGUUCACAGUCACAUGAACUCUUGUUGGCAGACCUUUCGCUCAAAUUUUUGACAGGUUUCCUCGCAAGUAGAAAUGGCAGUCGAACCCAUUGCUGCUUAUCCGAAUCGAUCGCCUUAUAUAUGGAUCGCUCAAAUAUUUGUUAUUCAUAUGAAAAUUGCCAAGAUAACAUCACUAUUGCCGCACCGGAUGUAGGAAAGUAUGUAAAUUUCUACAUGAAAAGAUACUAUAGCAAGGAGGGUAGGUGGAACAACCUGCAAGGAUUCGAAGCAGACGAAGAGCAGACCGAAGUGCAAAGAGCGGUGGAGCCAAGAAGCAGUGCAGUAGUUGAGAAUGUGCAAAUGGAUACCAACACAGCGCCCAUAGCUGGUGAAGGCAACAACACACCGUCCAAACAGACAACUUCCACAUCUCCUCAAAAAGCAUCGAGCGGCUCCUGUUACACACCACAAAAACUGUCCGGAUACGAGAGUGAAGAUCAGCUUCUCAAAGAAACCGAUUUGGAGCUGCUGGAUAAGUACUUCGUGGUGCAAGGAAGGAAGCUCCUAGAGCUGUUUUUCCUCACUCGAUGCGACUGUGAGAUUAGUGAAACCGGGGUUCGCCUGUCGAACAACGGUUCCACUCCCAUCAUUCAAUACGUCACCAAGGGCAUAAAGCCACAAAUCAAGAGAUGGGAAGGGCAGGAAAAGAUCAGCUCAGGUCGUAUCGACAAGCUCUACACCGGCAACGCGUUGGCGUGUAUCGCGGCUACAACUACGGGAGUCCGCAUGAAUAAGUUGCGGCGGUGGGCUUCAGAAAUGGGGCUAGUCCUACCAUCUAUGUCCGCGUACAAAGAUCGGUUUGAAGAAGUAACGCCGUGCAUCGAGGCCGUCUACGAAAGGCACCAGAACCGCAUCAUUGAUGAGAUAAGGGCGGUCUGCCAGAACGAUCCGUGGGAUAUCGCAGUAGACGGCGCGUAUGAUUCGAGAGGCCACAGUGCAGAGCUUUGCAAGGUACUAGCUGUGGAUCUCAGGACCAAACUCUGCAUACACACGGAAGUCCUAGAACGCUCAGAGACAGAUAACAUCAGUCAAAGAAUGGAAAAGGAGGGCUUCCGCAGAAUGCUGCGGUGGUUCAAGUCAAGGGAAAUACCCAUCCGUUCGGUAGCAACCGACCGCAGCGCAGUGUUUGGGAAGGAGAUCAAGUCGUACAACAAAGAAUAUGGGGAGACCACGAGUGGAAGCUGGAUAGGUGGCAUCUGGCCAGAUACCUUGACAAUAAUCUUCACGCGGUAA